AAACACAGCUGAUUUUACUCAUCUUGCAAUUCACAAUUAUGCAGAAACAACUCGUACACAAAAUUAACUGCAACAAAUUUAACAUAUACGCACUUUCUAUUUGCAUAUUGAGUUAAUUAUUGAUAACAGCAAAGUCGAUAGCAGUGCAUUUAAAUUAAUUUAUUAUUUACUCAAACUCAAAUUAAAUACAAUUUUUAAAAUACUUUUAAAUUUUUUACAACCUGGCAGUACCUGUGUUUUAUUUGCUUUUUACUCCCUAAAUUAGCAGUUUUUGUUAUUAUUCCAAAUUCGCAUUUUGCGUUGUUUUACACUUAUCAUUCGUAAAUAUUUGUUUUCUUAUCAGACAUUUCAUUUUCUUAUUUUCGCAUCUUUAUGUCAACGGCAGUUUGUUUUAAUAUUGCUGCGCCUGUGAAUGAAGAGAAAAAAGUAGAAUAGAUAAGAUUUUCACUUUUCGUGAAAAUUGAAAGAAAAUUAAAAUUUUAAAUUGUAUAUAUACGAUAAAGAAAAAUUCACAGAAAUUUUCAUUGCAAAUUUAAAGAAUAGCAACCAUUUACAUUGGUUUGCGGGUGUUGUGCGAAACGGGCGGAGUCAGUGACUGGUAAUAGUGCGGCGAAAACGAUCGAUUCUUUCAGUGCCUAGGCAGACAACAAAGGCAGUACAUUUGCCGAGAAUUCUGCUAACUAAUAGAAUUAUUGUCUGGGAGUAGCAAUACCUCAGAUAAGAAAGUUUUUUUUUUAAUAGUUGUUGGUUUUGUGUGCGAAUUUAAUGGCUACAGGCGGUGGAGGUGCGGUUGGGUUAUGCGGGUCCGGCAGCGGCGGUAUCGGUGCAACGGCAGGCUCUAAUGCCAUAAAUUUACAAGCACUCCAAACAUUCCAUCAUCGUUGUGGACGCCGUAUAACGCUUUCCAAUGGCAACCGCACGGCAGCGCGUUCUGUGCGUGAUUUUAGUCAUGCGCUGGUUUUUAGCGCCGAACCGCUGACAGACGAUGUACUCUUCGAAGUGGUUAUUGAGAAAAAGAACCAUUCUUGGGGUGGCAGUAUUGAAAUUGGUGUGACAUCCGAAUCGCCAGAGAAGUUGGAACUGCCUUCCUGUGCUACGGCAAUGCGUAACGGCACAUGGGUAAUGUCCGGCAUCGAUGUGCGCAAAGACGGCGUUUGCCUAAUAGAAUUCUAUGGCACUGACUUGGAGACAUUGGGCGAACGCGAUCGUGUUGGCGUAAUGCGCACUUCCAGCAAUGAAUUAGUAUUUUAUGUUAAUGGUGAGCCACAAGGUGUGGCGGCGCGUAAUAUGCCCAAGACAUUGUGGGCAUUGGUUGAUUUGUACGGCCGUUGUGUGCAAGUAUCACUCUGCCCUACGGAUGUGGGCGGCUCAGGGGACUACGCCGAAACAUCUGUCCAGCAAGCACAUCAAGUUGUGCAAAAUAUCGACGUACCGAUGAGUGUGGAUGUGACUGUAGUUUCAGCUGCAUCGCCGACCACAAACAACGCCUGUACAGCCAACAAUAAUAACAGUGGCGGUGGUCUAGUUUCAACCAUGAGCACGAAUUCAGAUAUUAAUGCCGCACUUGCAAGUCUAGGCAGCGCAGGCGCCGCUGCGAUUUCCGCCAUUUCGCAAACUGGCUUGCAUAGCGCUUUACCGUUAUCUUCCUCGGCUGCGGCAGUGAUUGCGAAUAACACGUCAACGUUGCAAAACGUUGGUGACUUUUAUGAUACGGAUAGAUUACGUUUUCACACACGUUGCGGCUCGCUUGUAAAGCUUUCACCCCAUUGUCGCAGCGCUGAACGCCGUCGACCGUUAGAUGAGUUCAACAAUGGUGUGGUGAUGACACAUCGGCCGUUAAAGGAUAAUGAGCUGUUUGAGAUACGCAUUGAUAAAUUGGUGGACAAAUGGUCCGGCUCUAUUGAAGUUGGUGUGACUACGCACAAUCCAUCGGUGCUGCACUUUCCAGCCACAAUGACGAAUAUGCGCAGCGGCACUAUAAUGAUGUCCGGCUGUGGCAUACUGACAAAUGGCAAGGGCACACGGCGCCAGUACGGCGAAUUCAAUUUAGAUGAACUUCGUGAAGGCGAUCGUGUGGGUAUGAUGCGCAAAUCUAACGGAAAUCUACAUUACUAUAUAAAUGGUCAGGAUCAGGGCGUGGCUGCAACACGUGUUGCUCAAACGCUUUGGGGUGUCAUAGAUCUAUACGGCAUGACUACCAAGGUGACGAUUGUGGAUCGUGAUGAGCGUGAACAACAAAAUCUAGUAACACGACGCAAUAAUCUUAUACUCACAGCCGCUUCGGGUUUAAACAGCGGCAAUACGGCAAUCGAUAGUAUCGGUGCAGCAACUGUAUUUAUCACGGCGAAUUCGGCUACACCGACACCUGUAUUGAGUUUGCUUAGCCCCGAAGGUGAAGUCAAUUCAGCGGUUGCUGCUGCAGCGGCAGCGUUGGGCGACUCAACGUUAUCUGGCACCAAUACGCAGCGUAAUGACGAUCGUCUAACCUUCCAUCCGAUCUGUGGUUCGCAUGCUACGGUCACACAUAGUGGACGCACAGCGCUGCGCCCGAACGCAUCUGAUGACUUCAAUAAUGGGGUUGUGCUAACACGUCGUCCCUUACGUCCAAACGAGCUAUUCCAAGUGCGUCUCGAACGUGUCGUUACAAAAUGGGCUGGCUCCGUAGAGAUGGGUGUGACCACGCACAGCGCUGAAGAGUUGGACUUUCCGUUUACCAUGACCAAUGUGCGCUCGGGCACUUGGAUGAUGACUGGUAAUGGUGUUAUGCACAACGGCAUUACGGUCAUCGAGCAAUAUGGUCAGAAUCUUGACCGUUUGCAGGUGGGCGAUCGUGUUGGUGUCGUGCGCAAGGACGAUGGCACCUUACAUUUCUGGGUGAAUGGCGUGGAUCAGGGACCGGCAGCGACCAAUGUGCCCGAACGCGUCUUUGGUGUGAUCGAUCUCUAUGGACAGGCGGCACAGGCUAGCAUAAUAGACACAUCUGAAUGUGGCAGUCCGGAUACGGGAAAUUCAACCAUCUCCAAUACAACGCUUUACAGUGAGCCACCCUUGCGCUUCCAUACCAUACAUGGCAAAAAUGCUGGCAUCUCAAAUGGCGGUCUCACCGCUUCCCGUCCUAAUUCGCUGGCCGAAUUCAAUGAUGCCAUAGUCUUCAGUAAUCGUCCACUACGUCAGCGUGAACUCUUCGAGGUUGCGCUCGAUACCAUGGUGCGUCACUGGUCGGGCAACAUAGAGAUCGGUGUGACGGGUACACGCCCCGAAGAUAUACAACUUGCUGCCAAUGCAACCGACUUGGAUGCCAACGAUAUGAUAAUACUCUGUGGUUCGAUGAUCUUUCAUAAUCGUAAAACUAUACGCUCCAAUGUGCUCAUCGAUUUGGAUAGCUUGGGCGAGGGCACACGUGUUGGUGUAAUGCGUAAUGGCGAUUAUGUGCAUUUCUUCAUCGAUGGCGUCGAUCAGGGACCAGCUUGUGAGUGUCGCAUGCCCAAUGUGUGGGCAGUAAUCGAUUUGUAUGGGCAGUGUGCGCAAGUGACGCUCACACAGUCGCAGCCCGAUAUACGUGCACCGUAUGCGACCAGCGAGAAUUCGCAAAGCUGUCAAGCUACAUCGGUUAUACAGCCGGCAACGUCGGAGUUGAAGCAUCGUUGGACCUGCAUAUCGGGUAAUGUGACAUUAUCGCAAAGCUGGACGGUGGCUUCACGUAUUACCGGCGCUUCGGCGGCACUCUCGCGUUGUGUGGUUUUCUCCGAGCAUCCGCUUAGUGUGGGUGCGCCAUUCGAAAUCAAACUGAUCUCGCACAAUCCGCUUUUUGCAGGUUGUCUCAAUAUCGGCGUUACCGACUUAAAUCUCUCCGACGAUUAUGUGCGCAAAAAUAUACCGUUAAGUAUUAAACGCAUUCCUGCCAAUGUUUGGUAUGUAUCCGGCAAUGAGGUGCGUCACAAUUCGACGCUGCUGCAGCGUUCAAUGGCUUCUUUAGAGUGGCUGCGUGUCGGCGAUCGUGUUGCGCUCGAGUUGACGCCGGCGCGCACGCUGCGCAUACUGCUGAACUCGGAGGACAUGAAUAUACAGUUUCAGAAUGUGCCCAAUGAUGUCUACGUCGUUGUUGAGCUACAAGGUUCGACCAUGGCUGUGCAAGUGAUCUCUUCACAGGGUCCAACCUCACCGCUGCGUCCGUGUAGUUUACGCCUACAAGACUCGCUCGACUUUGGUGUUGAUCCGCUCAAUAAGCAAGACUCGAUGCUGGAAUCAAUCGAUUCGGAGAUGCAAACUUACGAGUUCUCCGAGCUACAUGGCAAACAUGUGCGUCUGUUGGAUGAACAUCGUUCGGCGAUGCGCGUGCAGUCUUACAAUCAAGGCGUCGUAUUUGUCGGCAAACCUUUAUGCAAGGGCGAAAGCAUUAGUAUCAAAGUGGACGCUGUGAAUCCGAAAUGGAAGGGCACGAUAGGCGUCGGUGUGGUCGCAGCGUGCCCGCAACCCACAAGCGUGUCACAAUUGCCGAUCUCAAUUUUGCAUUGUAAGCGUCCGUGCUGGGUGGCCACCCACGAUUACAUCAAUAUAAAUGGCCAAAAAAUAGCCUCGAAGUAUGGUGAAGCGCUAGAACAAAUACAGCCCGGCACAGUCAUCACCAUGACACUUUCCAAUGUCGGCAUGUUGGUAAUAAUGGUUGGUUCCAUUAAUUUGGAGGACUUGGCAGCCGGUUUACCCAAUCACGUCUACCCUGUCUUCGAUCUCUACGGAAAAUGUGAGAAAAUAUCGCUAAUUACCAGCAAUGAUGUGGGCCGCAAUAGUACGCCGAUCAUUGAGGAGGCAGCAGCGUUGGAAUAUGACAAUUUGCAGGAGCAAGAUGGUGGUGUGCCACAAUGUGAAAAAGCCGAUUUGGAGAUGCAUGAAAAGGAAACGGAACAGCUGUCGCAACAACAGCAGCAGGCAAUGCAAACCAGUGUAGGCGCGGUGGGCGCUGUAGCUGCGGGCAGCGGUACCAGCAAUGCUGCAAUGAAUCGUUCGGUGAUGGAGAGCGUGUCGGAGAAUUUAUUGUUGAAUAUUUCUAUUAAAAAUCGUACAUUGGAGCAAAAUCGCGCUGUUGAGUCGAAUGCGGCUAACACUUCGUGCUGUCUACGUGAGUCGUUACAACUACAACACAAUACCAAUCUCAACAUACAACGCAGUCAGAGUACGCAACGUUUCCAAAACGCAAUGAAUGCGUCGGCUAACUCCACAACGCCAGGUGGCGCUAUUGUUGACACUAUAGCGGCUUCAACAUCCGCCGCACCCAAUGCAGCUGCCUCAAGUAUAAAUGUCGGCGCUACUACUACAACAACCACUGCUUCUUACGUCCAUGAUACGAAUAAAGACUACGAGGCGCUCGAAGAGGCCGGCGCUGUUGGCGGUAUGUCACUGCAGAGCGAACUGCGACGCUGCAGUUCCAAAGAGAAUUUACUCAGCGAUCAGCGAUCCUCAAACAAUUUGGAUGCUUUGGAACAGUUAGUCAGCAGCGUUGGUAUACAUGGCGCAAAUGCGAAUACGACGGUAGCCGAUAAUAUGACAGCUAAUGAGCGUGCGCACGAAACGGAUAGCAAUUUAACUGCCAGCGCUACAGCUGCUGCUGCUGCUGGCGCUGGCGUGAGCGCUGCUAACUCGGAGGGAAUUGUGGGUAAUGUUGGUGCACACGAGAAUGCGCUUGAGGAGCGCGCCGAAGCAGAAGUUGAUGUGGACGACGAUGACGAUGAUGAUGACGACGAUAACGAUGAUCUUGAGGACAAUGAUAAUUUGGAUCACUUGUUGCUAUUGCAACAACAACAUGAUUUGUUACGCUUACGCUAUCAGCAAUUGAGUCAACCAUUAUCGGCAAAUUACGGUCCACUCUCUGCGACAUCAACGUCCACACAAUUUGAUUCACUACAGUCGAUACCCUCCAUCGAACGUAAGGAUUGUGAAUAUCUGAAGUUGGUGCAACAAUUUCGUGCAUCACUCGUUUUGCCACAAUCCUUUUUCCAACCGCUAAGCGAUCCCAUAUGCUUUUGUGCGCACUGCAAUGCAUUCACCUCGGAAAAGCUACACGGUUGGGUCUAUUUCAAGUUGAAUCAGCAAACGGUCAACACAGCCGCCGCGCAACAUUCGCUCGACACUGGCGAGUGGUUGCCACUCUACUACAUGACACGUGUCGACAAAAUACGCGCCAUACUCGAUCACGGCCAACCACUACCGCUGGAGUCGAGUUGCGAAUCGCACACGAGCCUCAGCAAUCAGAAGGAUGAGCCUGGCACGCGUCUGGAAUUGCACUUCUCACCGAACGCUGCCGGCAUUGUGUCGAUGAAUAGCCAACACAAAUAUAAUGUCAACUCGCAUUCGUAUCGCAUCGGCACCGCUUUCGAAGUGUACGUGCGUCGGCAAUCGCUCUGCCUGACAAAUAGCAGCAAAAUGAAUGUGAACGCCGCGGUGGCAGCCUCAUCGAGCGCUGCAGCGGCCGCGCUUAGCUUAUUGGAGCGUCGUUCAUCGGCGGACUUAUUGCAUCCGCAUGAGUCGAGCAGCGGUUUGACGCUCGAACAGAGCAGUAGCAGCAGCGGUGGCGCAGGCAGCAUUAGUGGCGGCUCAGCGUCGAGCGCGUCACUCAAAGACAUGACGUGGUUUACGAAAGAGGCAGGCGCUUGUGUCAUAACUGCGCUCAUACUGAAACUGGAGAAAAUAACGCCGUCUAAGGAUGCCGGCGGUGGUCUCAAUCUCGCUUUAGAUGGAAACUAAGCGCAGGAGAUUACUGUAAAUGGAAAAUACAACUAAUGUUUUGUGGAGUACUUGAGAAAUUAGGCCAUAUGGCUACGCUUCAAUUAGCACUGCUAGUCUCUUUAUCUUACGUUUUUUUUUAUUAUAAGAUUACUAUUCCAAAAAGAAAUCCUAUAUAUAUUUUGCACUUUUGCAUACAAUUUUAUAUAUACAUAUAAACAUAUAUAACGUUAUAAAUUAUUGAAAUGUAAUGCAAAAUUAUUUUGUUUUAUAGAUGAACUGCUGACUGAUAAGGCAGCGCGCACCCUUCAUCCAUUAUUUAUAUAUGCGUAGACACUAGUUUAGUUCAGUGAUAAGCACUUUGUAAUGAAGGAAUAUUGAAGUAUAAAAUUAUGCCCGUUGACUGCUAGCUGUAAGCAAAGCAUGGUCUAAAAACUCUGCUAGUUGAAAGCUUCUGAGAAUAUAUACAAAAUAUACUACUGCUUGCUGCUUUGAAUUUUAAGAAAAUGUGUUGAAAAUACUUGCAAAAUUUGCAUAUAACAUGUUAGUGACAUUCUUUGAGCUUUUAUCAAAACAAUGAAGUUCGUUGAGCUUUUUUCAAAGCUAUGAAGUCUACAAACCUUAAAAUUCCCAUAUUUAUUUGUAGCAAUAAUAGUAACUAAUUCAAAAACUUGUCUGGCCUUAUUUACUAUAACUAAAUUAUGGCAAGAUUUUCACAAUGCAAUGCUAAAGCUCUUAAAACAUUCUGAGAUAUUGAAGUUAAAUGUAAACGUUCAGAAAUUUAAGUUAAAUGUAAAAAUUUAACGUAUACAUUUACGUAUGGCAAUAAGUAAUUGAAAGCUUUUGAAUGCAAAGUCUUUACUAAAUUUUUCAGAUUUAUAAAAAAUCGGACAGAAAUUUGUGUUUUAGAAUUAAAACAGAGCUCCGCUGACAAAAGCUCGAUCAGAAACUUCCAACGCUUACAUCUUAAAUAGUUGCUAAGUACUUUUCUAUAAAAAGCUUAUUUAAAAAAGCUUUAGCUAUGAGCUUUCAUACUAAUUUACAUUUUUUAUGAAAACUGCAAUUUAAUUAGGUAAAUGGACAUGCUUGACAAUUGGCUUUAUUUUCGCUUUUUUGAAUAAGCUUUGAGUUUCUUAAAAGCUCUGCAACCAAACCGGUUUUAUAUCAUUGCUGAUUUUGAGAAUUUUACGAAAACUCUUACGAUUUGCUAAAGCUUAACCUUUGUACAGUAUUCUGAUAUUCAGAGCUUUGAGCUUUUAUAUUGUACUAAAAAAUAUAAAGGUUACUACCAGCAAUUACAAGUUUUUUUGUGCAAAUUUUGAAAAAGUAAAAAUUUAAUACUUUUUUUUAAUAUGUCAUCUUUGUUUUUAAUGUUACUAACAAAAGCUUGCUAGUAAAUUUUGAAGUUUCACCCUGAAAAGGAAAAACGCUGAAACUUAAGGUGUGCACACAAAGAUUUUUUGUGUUAAAAAGUAGCAAACUUUUUGGAGAAUUCCAAUAUUGAAAGCUUUGAGCUUCUAUACAAUAAAAAUAAAUGCCUUACCUAGCUAAGUCUUCUUUUAACGGUGUAUAAAUUUAUUAAAUUCAUUUGUUAAAGCUUAAAUGAAAAUUUUUGUAACAAAAGCUUGCUAUAAAAGCUUUGAACUUUCACCCUGAGUCAUCAUAACUUCCAUGGAGCUUACUUUUAAUGGAAUUGAAUGAAAAAUUAAAACUUUUUACAGAAAUUAAUUAAUUGUUGUAAAAUUCUAACGAAUAUUGUUUGUAAAAUGUAACGAAUUUUCUUUGUAAAAAAGAAUUAUAAAAAUUUAAUAUCAAAAUCAUAGUUUUUUCGGCAAACAAAAAGCACGCAAUCUUUCAAAAGCAAAUUCAUUAUAUAAUAUUAACAAAAAUAAAACAUGGAUAAUUUUAUAAUCUUAAAGCUGAUUAUUAACUAACUUAACCUAAAAAAGUAGUUAUGACAGACUAAAAAAAUUUGAUUUCCAAGCCUUUUUUUUUAUAAAAACCAUUUAACUUGAAGUUUGAUAUUUAUAAUUGAGACCAAAUAUUAUAUUAUAAAUAAAAUUCAGCUAACAACAGCACUGAGUAAAUACACAUAUGUAUAUGUACAUGUGGAUAUGUAUAUCUGUACAUGUUUGUAUUUACAUUUUGAAAUUCUUAUAUUCUAAGUCUAAUUCUACGAUUUUGUAUGUAAUUCUAAUUAUUGAAAUGAAAUAAUUUCUAAAAAUUGAAUAAUUGAUGCGCCAUUAGCGCCAUUUUAUUGUACAUAUAUAGUAUAUAUAAAGACAUACCGACACACUUAAAUAUGCACAGAACUUGAACAACACAUACACACACCAACAUACAUACUUACACUUAUGCAUGUCAAUGCUUGGAACAAUUGUAAUUCCAUAAUUGUUCCUCAAUGGCUAAGCAAUUCAAAUUAAAAAAAUUAUAUACUACACACACAUACACAAUAGACAACACCUAUACUUAAAUACAAAUGGAAUUUGAUUAAAAGAGAUUAUAAUUUCGCUAAUAAAUAAUUAAUGCUAUAAUUACACAAUUGUGCACA